AGUUAGAGAGAGAGAGAGAGAGAGAGAGAGAGAGAGAGAGAGAGAAGAAAAGGUUUGUGGUGAAGCAAACACAAGGCCAAAAUUUGCAGAGUACGUACCCCACUUCUAUUUGAGAUCUUAUCAACAUGCAUUAUAAAUCAACUCAGGUGCCAUACCACCAAUUUCAUUCACUCUCUCUCUCUCUCUCUCUCUCUCUCUCUCUCUCUCUCUCUCUCUCUCUCAUAAUCAAGUUGCAGAACACUACUAGUACUACCAGUUUGAUUGGUAGGACCACCACCACCUACUCUCCAAUCUCCCACAUCCACAAUAAUUUCAUCAUAAUCAGAUGCCAAUACUUGUCUCCACUACUACUUCUUCCAUCAAUGUCUAUGUCUUCAGAAAUAACUUCAGCCCCACCCCCCUGCUUCCCUUGUGUUCUUCAAAUGAACUCAUAUUGGAGUUCAAUUAAGAUUUUCAAGAAUAUUUUUAAUGGAAUAUUAAUUCAAGUUUAGUCCAUACAAUAAUAUUCUUGAUCAAUAUCACCCACUAGCUUUCAGAAGCUGCCUCCAACAACAUGAACAAGGUUUGCAGCUGCAAAACCCAAAAUGGCCACUCCCAUGCUCAUAACCAGAAGCAGCAGCAACCUCAUGAUCAAGAUCAUCGUCAAGAUGAAAACUUGUACUCCUCUUCGUCGUCGGAUCUCAAUUUAAGGAACAUUUCAAAGCUUAUCCUUCCUCCUUUGGGUGCUUCAAGCUACAACCAAACUCCAAUUCACUCAAAUGGCUGGAUAAUCUCCCCCAUGGAUUCAAGAUACAGGUGUUGGGAGACAUUUAUGGUGCUUUUGGUGGCAUACUCGGCGUGGGUUUACCCCUUUGAGGAGGCAUUUCUCAACUCCUCUUCACACAGGCCACUAUACCUAGCAGACAACGUGGUGGAUCUAUUUUUUGCCAUCGAUAUCAUCUUGACAUUCUUCGUUGCAUAUAUUGAUCCAAGAACUCAGUUACUUGUUCAUGACUCCAAAAGGAUCGCUAUGAGGUACCUUUCAACUUGGUUUUUGAUGGAUUUGGCAUCAACAUUGCCAUUUGAGGCACUUGGCAAAAACAAGUUGGGUGUUUCUUACUCUCUCUUAGGAUUGCUCAGAUUUUGGCGAAUAAGACGAGCAAAGCAACUCUUCACAAGACUUGAGAAGGACAUCAGGUUUAGCUAUUUUUGGGUGAGAUGCGCCAGACUUUUGUCAGUGACACUGUUUUCAAUACACUGUGCUGGAUGCCUCUACUACCUGCUAGCAGACCGAUAUCCACACCAAGGGAAGACAUGGAUUGGAGCUGUCAUUCCAAAUUUCAGAGAGACAAGCCUUCGGAUCCGAUACAUUUCUGCUAUUUACUGGUCCAUAACCACCAUGACCACUGUUGGUUAUGGCGAUAUGCAUGCAGUUAACACCAUGGAAAUGAUCUUCAUUAUUUUCUACAUGCUCUUUAACCUUGGCCUCACUGCUUACUUGAUUGGCAACAUGACAAACUUAGUAGUCGAAGGCACUCGUCGUACCAUGGAAUUUAGAAAUAGCAUUGAAGCAGCAUCAAAUUUUGUGUGCCGCAAUCGCUUGCCUCCACGGUUGAAGGACCAAAUAUUGGCUUAUAUUUGCUUGAGAUUUAAGGCUGAGAGCUUGAACCAGCAGCAUAUAAUUGAACAACUACCCAAAUCGAUCACCAAAGGCAUCUGCCAGCAUUUGUUUUUGCCAACUGUGGAGAGAGUUUAUUUUUUCAAGGAUAUCUCAAGGGAAACACUUCUACUUCUGGUUGCAAAGAUGAAGGCAGAGUACAUACCACCUAGAGAAGAUGUUGUGCUGCAAAACGAAGUGCCGGAUGACGUUUAUAUCAUUGUUUCUGGAGAAGUGGAAAUAAUUGGUUGUGAGAUGGAGAAAGAACUAGUUGCUGGGACUUUGAAAUCUGGUGACAUGUUUGGAGAAGUUGGUGCACUUUGUUGUAGAGAAGUUGGUGCCCUCUGUUGUAGGCCUCAAAGCUUCACGUACCGAACCAAAACACUGUCACAACUCUUGAGACUAAAAACCACUGCUCUGAUUGAAGCAAUGCAGACGAAACCAAAAGACAAACUACAAAUGCUUAAAAACUUCAAACAGCAUCACAAAAAGCUGAGGGAUCUGAAAAUUGGAGAAAUAUUGGCUGAGAGUGGAGAUGAAGAAGGUGACGCGAACAUGGCAUUCAACUUACUGACUGUUGCCAGCAAAGGCAAUGCUGCUCUUCUUGAUGAGCUCCUCAAGGCAAAGUUGGAUCCUGACAUCGGAGACUCCAAAGGAAGAACUCCUUUGCAUGUAGCAGCAUCAAAUGGGCACGAAGAAUGUGUCUUGGUACUCCUCAAGUAUGGUUGUAACAUACAUGUAAGAGACAUAAAUGGCAACACAGCUUUAUGGGAUGCUAUUGCAUCGAAGCACCAUUCCAUAUUCCGGAUUCUCUAUUACUGCGCUGCCAUAUCUGAUCCAUACACAGAUGGCAAUCUUCUAUGCACGGCUGCCAAGAGAAAUGAUAUGACUUUGAUGGAGGAACUCUUGAAGCAUGAGUUAAAUGUUGACGCAAAGAAUCAUCUUGGGAAAACAGCAGUACAAAUAGCCAUGGAAGAAAACAAUGCAGACAUGGUCAAUUUGCUAGUGAUGAAUGGAGCAGAUGUAGCCAAUACACACAACUUCUCAUUUCCUUCAGAAACCUUGACUGAAAUGCUACAAAAACGAGAGGUUGGACACCGUAUUACAGUUCCAGACACUACACUAAAUGAAGUGCCUUUGAUGAGGAAUGAUGAUGAGCAAAAUCCUGACUGGAGAAAAUCCAAUGGAGUGAACUUUCCAAGAGUGAGCAUAUAUAGAGGCCAUCCUAUAGUGAGGAGAAACACAUGUUGCAGGGAAGCUGGUAGGUUAAUUAGAUUACCUAAUUCGGUAGAGGAGCUCAAAAACAUUGCAGGUGAAAAGUUUGGAUUUGAUUCAAGAAAUGUAUUGGUAACUGAUGAAGGAGGAGCAGAAAUUGACUCCAUUGAAGUGAUCAGAGAUAAUGACAAGCUUUUCGUAUUUGAAGACCCAAAGUCUAUCAAAAGCUGAAAAAUCCUCAAUCUCCUGAAGCAUUAUACUUAACCUUGAGGAAGGAAAGAAAGAAUCGCACUUUUCUUCAUGCAAAUCUCUUGUAAAGAUUCCUCUUAGAAUGUACACUUAAAUCUUGCAUAAUCAAAGGGUUCCUCUUGUGAGACUAUGAGUCUGAGUUUAAUUUUUAUGCACAAUGUAAUACAUAAGGCUAGGGCGGGCUCUAGCCUAGCGCAAAGUUUGGGAAAAAGAACUCUAGUAUUAAUUUUUAGGCCUGACAACCCAUUUCACAGAAAAUUAGUCUAUCUCGUAAUCAGUUGAAGCUUCAGAGUGUUGA